AUGGGUCCAGUCAAUGAAGCGGGGAAAUAUAUACGAAAAUUUAAUCAUGGUCAUAGACGAGCUUUUUCAGUACCAAAUGCUAGUGGUGACCGUACGCGAAUGACCGUCAAGACGUAUGCACCGGAGAAGACAGUAAACGAGCUAAUGAAAACAGUAACUUAUAUUUCGAAUGGAUUGCCAGUUAUGGUACCAGUUUCGGUAGAUGAUGACGCUGACCUUACUGUGAAAAUCAAUGAAGUGGAUGUUCUUCCAAAUGAAGAAAAUUCCAAAGGUGGUGCAAGAGUUGCUAUUAGAAGGGUUUGGGAAGCACGAUGGAAAGCUACGAAUUUUGAAUUGCUUCCAGAAUGGUUGCAAGAUAACGAGUAUCUGCGUACGGGACAUAGGCCACCGUUACCGAGCUUUGGCUCGUGCUUCAAAAGUAUAUUUUCUCUACAUACGGAAACUGGUAACAUUUGGACUCAUAUGUAUGGAUGUUUGGCAUUCAUUGGAGCUGCAGCCUGGUUUUUAACUCGUCCAUCAACACUGGUGCAGUCGGAAGAUAAAAUUGUUUUUGGGACAUAUUUUGUCGGUGCAGUGGCUUGUUUGGGAUUAUCGUUUGCAUUCCAUACAGUGCAAUGCCAUUCUGCUGGAGUUGGAAAACUAUUUAGCAAAUUGGAUUAUACUGGUAUUACCUUACUUAUUGUUGGUUCUUUCAUUCCAUGGAUUUAUUAUGGAUUUUAUUGUCGUUUGGUGCCUAUGAUUGUGUAUUUAACUAUGAUUUCUGUUCUUGGAAUUGCUGCAGUUAUCGUGUCUCUGUGGGAUAAAUUUGCUCAUCCACAUUACCGACCUUUACGAGCUGUUAUUUUCAUAGCAAUGGGUUUAAGCAGUGUUGUGCCAGCUUUAGACAUACUAAUUAAUGAUGGUAUUUCAUACCUCUUAAAUGAAGCAUCAUUGUUUUGGUUUAUAUUAAUGGGUAUUUUAUACAUAGCGGGCGCUGUUUUAUACGCUACACGUACACCUGAAAAAUGUUUUCCUGGAAGAUUUGAUUUAUGGUUACAAUCACACCAAUUGUUCCAUAUGUUUGUAGUAGCAGCAGCUCUGGUUCAUCUUUAUGGUGUCAGCAAAACGGCUGUGAAACGUCUGGAGCAAGGAUCGUGCGCUGAACAAAUGUUGGAACAGUAUGGAUAUGAUGAACCAUAG